UUCAACCAACCUUCGGAGCUCAGGUGCAGGCCAUUUGACCGCCGUCUCGUCCCUCAUUGUUGCUUCUACUUGUAUAUUUUGUUCUCAAUUACUUUCUCGCUCUCCCACUGCAUAAUGGCUCCCAAGAAGACCUCAAAGGCGACUGGCGCGCCUGAAGGGUUCACGCCUGAGCGCUUCGAGAGAGAGCUCAAAGACCUCGCAGCCAAGGCCAAGGAAGACACCUGGACGAGACGCGCUGCAAAGCAGACUUCCAUCUAUUUGCAGACUGCUUUCAUUCUUGGACUCCUGGGCGUUGCGUCCAGCGUUUCCCAGCUCAACCUCUCUCCAGUCUAUGGCUCUAUUCCAUCGGCCGUCACCCAUGCCCCCAUCAUCAUGGCUGGCUGCUUCGUCGGCUGGGCUGGAAACUUGUUCCUCCGCAACGUGUUGCCUCUGCCUACAGCUCAGCUCCUCCCUAUCAUCGCAUUGAACGUCCCGGCAAUCCAGUAUCUCGCCGGCGGCUUCAGUGACCGCCUGGGUUGCUGGUGGGGUCCUCUUGUCACCGAGGCUUUGACUCUGUUCCCUCUGGCGGUCUUCUCGGCAGCUUGUGUGGCUGAUCAACUCGAAGAUGCUAAUCUGAGCAUGCUCCCCGGUUUUGUUGCGGAAGCGGCGCCUGGCAUUGGUUCCUGGGCUUUCUUCAGGCUGGCUGAGAGAAUCGCCAACGAAAAGCUCCAGGGUCUGAUCGGCAGUGCGUUUUGGUUUACUCGUGUUGGAUUGGAAUUGGUUCUGGCAGGCAUUUAUGCUGUCUUUUCUCCGUCAAAGUACCUCGUCUUGGCUAUCCCUGCGCUGCUGCACACGGCUGUGCUGAAUACACAUGUCAUGACACCCAUGGCUACGGCUUCCCUCAACAGCACCCUGGCUGCGCAGAAUUGGACACUCUUGGAACGCAAGGAGUCGUUGACUGGAUACAUCUCGAUCUUGGAGAACUUGGGACAGGGAUUCCGUGUAAUGCGAUGCGACCAUAGUCUUCUUGGAGGAGAAUGGGUGCGAAUCCAGGGACAGAAGGUGUCCGAGCCGAUUUAUGGUGUGUUUGUCAUGCUUGAGGCGGUCCGGUUGAUCCAGAGGGAGACUCCUCUUCCUGAUGCCGAGGCCAAGGCCCUUGUUGUUGGUCUUGGUAUCGGAACCACUCCAUCUGCUCUUGUAUCCCACGGCAUUGAUACUACGGUUGUCGAGAUUGACCCAGUCGUCCACGAGUUUGCCCAGAAGUACUUCAACAUGCGCCAGAACAACCCCCCAGCCAUUGCGGAUGCUGUCAGUUACACUGCCAACCUCGUCAAUCAGUCCAAGUCGUACGACUACAUUGUCCACGAUGUCUUUACAGGUGGUGCUGAGCCGGUUGACCUGUUUACCCUCGAGUUCCUGCAGGGACUUGGUACUCUCUUGAAGCCCGACGGAGUGAUUGCUAUUAACUACGCUGGUGACUUUAGCUUGCCUGCCCCUCAGCUGAUCUACCGCACUAUCAAGCAGGUCUUCCCCUCGUGCCGUAUCUUCCGUGAGAGCCCACGUGAGGAAGCCAAUGUUGAGCGGUGGGGUAGCGACUUUACCAACAUGGUUAUCUUCUGCCGGAAGACGCCCGGGGACAUUGCUUUCCGCCGCCCGGUCCCUAGCGACUUUCUUCGGAGCCGCGCCCGACAGGCCUUCCUGGCGCCGCAGCACGAAGUCCGGGAGCAGGAGUUUCUGGAUAGCGACGACACGGACGUCCUGGCUAAGAACCGGACCGGCAAGGUUACCAAGUGGCACCAGAAGAGCGCGGCCGGACACUGGAAAAUUAUGAGGUCGGUGCUGCCGGGCAAGAUCUGGGAGCAGUGGUAA